CUGCAGGUCACGUGUUAUUGUUUGGCGCCGGAAACUGGCACCUCCUGGAUGGUUUACCGAGACAAGUCCCCAUUUAUUUAUGCCUUACUUUUGUGUGCAGCCUAACAAUGGGGAGGAACGUGUAUCCAGUGAUGAGGGAGAGCAAUCGCCUAUAUGCGCACAAGUGGCAUCCAGCUGCUGCUAGCUUGUAGCUAUAGUUCAGCGUCCAGCCGGAGGGGAACGAAGAGCUAACCGUAGUUAGCAGUCAGUUCGCGGUGUGGCUAACUACUGUCAUCCUCCCGAGUUGACGGUUACCUUCUCAAGGCUGCUCCUUGAGCUGGUCGCUUCCCCCCCCCCCCCCCCAACUCGGGUAUAACGUUUACAGACAAAAUGGAGCUGUUCCAAGCCAAAGACGAAUAUAUUCUUCAGGACGGGGACCGCGCUCUUUGGUGUAGCCGAAAAGACGGUACCGUGACAGUUAAACCCGCAACAGACCUUCUGCUUGCUUGGAACCCGGUAUGUUUAGGCCUGGUGGAAGGCAUCAUCGGAAAGAUACAGCUUCACACGGAUCUUCCUCUUGGGCUUGUAUUAAUCCGCCAGAAAGCGCUUGUUGGCCAUUUGCCAGGCAACCACAAAGUCUACAAGAUCAUCAAGAUAGCUGUCAUUCCUCUAUCUGAUGAAGAGCCGCAGGAGCUGGAGUUGGAGCUCUGCAAAAAGCAUCACUUUGGAAUUGACAAAUCAGAGAAACUGGUUCAGUCCCCUGAUGAGUCCAAGUUCUUAAUGAAAACCUUAAGCCAGAUAAAAUCCAAUGUGGCUGUUCCCAUUAAGAAAAAGGUAAAGGAAAACAAAGAGAAGGAACGUCUCGAGAGGCGGCUGCUUGAUGAGCUGUACAAAAUAUUCAUGGAUUCCGACUCCUUCUACUAUAGCCCCACUUAUGACCUGACAAACACUGUACAGCGCCAAGGAGACUUGGAAAGGUCUAAUUUACCACUUUGGAAACAGGUGGAUGACCGGUUCUUCUGGAACAAACACAUGAUUCAAGAUCUUAUAGACCUACAGGGUCGCGGGCGUGAUGGAGCCUAUCCCAGAUAUCUUCAGGCGAGAGAAACCGGAGUACCCGGAGAAAACCAAACUCCAGACAGGCGGGGCCGGGAUUUGAACCUGGGUCCUCAGAACUGUGAGACCCCUGAGGUGGACUUUUGGGUGAUACCAAUCAUCCAGGGCUUUGUCCAAGUUGAAGAACUUGUAGUGAAUUACAACGAGACGUCUGAUGAGGAACGGAGCAGUCCUGAAACUUCACCGCAGGAAGUGACCUGUGUUGACGACAUCCAUCCCCGCUUCACCGUUGCUCUCAUUUCCAGACGUAGCCGCCAUCGUGCAGGGAUGCGGUACAAACGCAGAGGAGUGGAUACAGAUGGCCAUGUGGCUAACUAUGUUGAGACAGAGCAGUUGAUCCACGUGCACAGCCACACACUGUCCUUUGUGCAGACUCGUGGCUCUGUGCCUGUCUUCUGGAGUCAGGCAGGAUACCGCUACAAUCCCCGGCCACGCUUGGAGAAAGAAGAGAAGGAGACCAUGUCAUACUUUGCUGCCCACUUCGAAGAGCAGCUUAAACUCUACAAGAAAGAGGUCAUCAUUAACUUAGUUGACCAAAGUGGACGAGAAAAGUUGAUAGGGGAUGCCUAUCUAAAGCAAGUGCUUCUUUACAACAACCCAAACCUCACCUACGUGUCAUUUGACUUCCAUGAGCACUGUCGAGGGAUGAAAUUUGAAAAUGUGCAAAUACUAACGGAUGCCAUCUUUGACAUCAUCACUGACAUGAAAUGGGCCUGGGUGGACCAAGCUGGAGUCAUCUGCAAGCAAGAGGGAAUCUUCCGAGUCAAUUGCAUGGAUUGUCUGGACAGGACCAAUGUAGUCCAGGCUGCUAUUGCUAGGGUGGUUAUGGAACAGCAGCUAAAGAAGUUGGGUGUGAUGCCUCCAGAGCAGCCCCUGCCUCUCAAAUGUUACAGGAUCUAUCAAAUUAUGUGGGCCAACAAUGGUGACACCAUCAGUAGACAGUACGCUGGCACAGCAGCACUUAAGGGAGAUUUUACUAGGACGGGUGAGAGGAAACUGGCUGGCGUGAUGAAGGACGGCGUGAACUCGGCCAACCGCUACUAUCUGAACCGCUUCAGAGAUGCUUAUAGACAAGCCGUAAUUGACCUCAUGAUGGGUCUUCCAGUGACUGAGGACCUCUACUCAAUUUUCAGUAAGGAGAAGGAGCAUGAAGCAAAAGAGCAGGAAAGCCAAAGAGGAGCUCAGGAGCAAGUCAGCCUCCUAUUGCAGACAUAUAUGCAGCUUCUCCUGCCUGAUGAUGAGAGGUUUCAUGGUGGUUGGGCUCUCAUCAACUGUGACAUGAGCCUUAUUGAUGCCACUAAUAAAGAUGUGGAUGUGCUUCUGCUUUUGUCUGACAAAGCCUACUACAUUGCUUACUAUGACGAAGAGGCGGAUAAAGUCAACCAGUACCAGCGCCUCAAUUUAGAGGGUUUGGAAAAGAUUGAAAUUGGUCCAGAACCGACUCUGUUUGGCAAGCCAAAGUUCUGUUGUAUGCGCCUGCAUUACAGAAGUGAAGAAACAAGUGGAUACUUUCACACACUGCGAGCAGCCAGCCGAAAUCCUGAGGAUGAUGGAAAAGAUACACUACAAUGCAUUGCUGAGAUGCUUCGCAUUACAAAACAGGCCAGGGGGCUGGACCUACUGGUGGUUGAAAAGAAGCUUGAGAGGCGUCAAAGCAGACCUCAUGAAGAUAUAAUGGGGAUUCAGAACAAAACAUGUGAGCAGGCGCAGGGAAGUUCUGGUCUGGCGCAAGGCAAAAGUUUCCUCCUCAAUAAGUUCUCCUCUCUAAAUCAGAAAGUUAAACAGACCAAAACGAGCGUGAACAUCAGCACCUUCAAGCCCCUCGGGAAGCUGGGAAAUUUCUCUAAGCCUGAAGUCAAAGUUAAUUUCCUGAAGCCAACUAUGCACGUUAAUCUGUGGAAGUCAGACAGCAGCUUGGACACAUCAGAUGGCAAUCCCGGCACAGGAGCCUUAAACGAUAUCAGUGACGUGAAUUUUGAUAUCUCUGAUGACUCCGACUGUUAUAAUUCUGAUCCAGAGCACCCGUGCUCGGGCUCCUUUGACAAUGUGGACUAUGUGCUACCCAGCUGUGGUAUCGUAGCAUCUAACACAAUACUGGGCAAUCGCUCCCAGUCCAUUGGUAGCGUGGAGCUAAACAUUCCCUCUGUUAUCCAGGUCAGUGGCGUUGAAGGACCGCAGGAGAGCUCUUCUCAGGUCUGUGAAGACAAGUCCCCAGGGGCCGCCUCACUGGCUGAAGAAGCCAUUCUGAUUGACUUCGGCACUCCCUUCGAUGCCUACUGCCACCAGUUUGUCCAGGACGCACAGACCAAACCCGUCGAGGUGUUUGGAGAGCGACCGCCCGCGUCUGCCCAUCCACUCAAGCCCACAGUGCCUGUGCUGAAUAAAAGCCCCGCAGACCCCAAGCAGCCAAGCACAAAGCCACAGGAUCAGCAAGAGGAGUCGAACCUCCCCAGGCCAUCCCAGCUUGACGUCCAGACUACUACCUCCGCUUCCAACCUCAGCAUCCAGAGGCCCAGCUCUGCCGUCUCAGGCGGUUCGCAGAGGAGUCUGGGCUCACAACUGGAGGGCAGCCUCGGCCCUUCGCCUGCUGACAGUAACGGCAGCCGGGUCGUGUCCCCCUUUGCCAAGAUCAGGAGCUCAAUGGUCCAGGUGGCCAGCCUCACCCAGGCGGGGCUCACUCAGGGCAUCAACUUUGCUGUGGCGAAGGUGCAUAAAAGCCCAGAGCCAGAUACAGUCAAUGAGGCCCAGGAGAAUGAGUUAAAGGCAAUGUUUACGCAGUGCCAGACCAGGAUCAUUCAGAUCUAAUGCUUUGCUUGUUGCGGCAUUUUUGGAGGACGUCAUGUAGAAACGUGUUAUGAACUAGCAGUAGCAACGGCUUGUCCUUAGCCUCACAUCUUGGCCAACAUAUGUGCCCUCAGUUAUGCCCUUUAGUCUAAGUCCCCAGUGUUGUACAGAGACCUAGACCUAUAGCCAGUUCUAACGUGGCAGUGAAUGUUUACAUGCACACAAGAACAUGCGGUUUUCCUUUUUAAAAGGAACGUUUUGCACAUUAUGAUAGUCUACAAAUGCAGGUGUUACGUCAAUUUUAUUGGUUGUCAGUUGCCAUCAGUAUAUUGUCAUGGGAUAGCUCCACUUUUAAAGCCACUCCAAUGUGCAAUUUAUUCUAUUCAACAAGUUUAAAUCAUUAGAUCAAGAAAUUCACUUCCACCACUCACUUCCCACAACAGAUGCACAUUUCUGUAAAAAGCUUUAUGUGCAUCAGAAAUCCAAACAGAUCCUUCUACCGAAGAAUUUAGCACUUCUGCUGUAUCUGUCGAUGAAGACUUUUUUUUUUUUUUUUAAAUCUGCAUGAGAUUACAUAGUGUAAUUCCACUUAAUUGACAUUUGAGUGGCUAUUCCAGGAGAAAAGCUACAGUAUAAGUAGGCAGAUUUUAAUUGUCAGAACUUAUGUAAUUUGAAUGAUGUGCAGUUUGUCGUUCAUGUAAACAUGACUGUCCUCGAUUUGAUUUUAAUUGUCUGCAAUGCUUGAAUGACAGGUUGGUGCUAAUGGCCAACUUUGACAGGGCAGAUAAUUAUUUGCUGCAUGAUGACAGACCAACUCUGGGUUAAAUAAUGUACUACACAGUAUGUGCAGGCCAUCUAUUGGUAUUUGUGGUAGAUAUUAAUACCUUUUUGUAACAGCUGUCUUAGUGUCUUAUCAAAUAACGUGUGGAUCCAAAAUGAUGUCCUGGUGUUAUUAGACUUUGUAGAGAAUUCAGAAACUAACAAGACAACAAACCGUACGUAGUUAGCCAUCGUAAUAUCAAUGUUGUCAAGUGUUGCUAUAAUGUGGCACAAACUUUAACUACACAAUACCUUCGUAAGACUAUCAUGAUUGUCAGUGUGUCCAGAGUGUUGGAUCUGUU